AUGUCGGCGAGUCACGACAGUCGAUCCCGCGAGAGCGGCCCGGAGGGGAUGGAGCCGGACGGGGUCAUCGAGAGUAACUGGCACGAGGUGGUGGACAGCUUUGACGAGAUGAACCUGUCGGAGGCGCUGCUGCGCGGGAUCUACGCCUACGGCUUCGAGAAACCCUCGGCCAUCCAGCAGAGAGCCAUCCUGCCCUGCAUCAAAGGUUAUGACGUCAUCGCGCAGGCGCAGUCCGGCACAGGUAAAACCGCCACCUUCGCCAUUUCCAUCCUGCAGCAGGUGGAGCUGGAGCUCAAAGCCACCCAGGCGCUCGUGCUGGCCCCGACCCGCGAGCUGGCACAGCAGAUCCAGAAGGUGGUGAUGGCCCUCGGGGACUACAUGGGGGCCUCGUGCCACGCCUGCAUCGGCGGCACCAACGUCCGGGCCGAGGUGCAGAAGCUGCAGCUCGAGGCCCCUCACGUGGUGGUGGGGACGCCCGGGCGCGUCUUCGACAUGCUCAACCGGCGCUACCUGUCCCCAAAAUUCAUCAAAAUGUUCGUCCUGGAUGAGGCCGACGAGAUGCUCAGCAGGGGCUUCAAGGACCAAAUCUACGACAUUUUCCAGAAGCUGAGCGGGAACACGCAGGUGGUGCUGCUUUCGGCCACCAUGCCCCUGGACGUGCUGGAGGUGACCAAAAAGUUCAUGAGGGACCCGAUUCGGAUCCUGGUCAAGAAGGAGGAGCUGACCCUGGAGGGGAUCCGGCAGUUCUACAUCAACGUCGAGAGGGAGGAGUGGAAGCUGGACACUCUGUGUGACCUCUACGAGACGCUGACCAUCACCCAGGCCGUGAUCUUCAUCAACACCCGGCGCAAGGUGGACUGGCUGACGGAGAAAAUGCACGCCAGGGAUUUCACCGUGUCUGCAAUGCACGGGGACAUGGACCAGAAGGAGCGUGACGUCAUCAUGAGGGAAUUCCGCUCGGGAUCCAGCCGGGUCCUGAUCACCACGGACCUGCUGGCUCGGGGCAUCGAUGUCCAGCAGGUUUCCCUGGUGAUCAACUACGACCUCCCGACCAACCGCGAGAAUUACAUCCACCGGUGGGUGGGGGAGGGGAGAGGGGGAGGGGAAGGGAGGGGAAGGGGGGGAAGGGCCAAAAAAAAAAAAAAAGAAAAAAAACCCCAAAAUUUGCCGGUUCUGGGGAAAAAAAAUUGGAAUUUUUGGCAUUUUUUUCAGGGGGAAAAAAAAAAAAUUGGAUUUCAAAGGGUGGGGGAGGGGCAGAAAAGGAAUUUUUUUGUUGUUGUUUUUUUGUUGUUGUUUCCCCCCCCCCCACAAUUCCAACCCCAGUUCCUCUUUUUUUUUAAAAAAAAAAAUGAAAUUUUUCCCCGUUUCAAACCCAAAUUCCCCUUUAAAAAAAAAACAACAAAUCCCCCGUCUAAAACCCCCAAUUAUUUCCCCAUUUCAAACCCCAAAUAUUCCCUUUAAAAACUCCAAUUUUUCCCCAAUUCAAACCCAAAUUCCCCCUUUAAAAAAACCCAAUUUUUCCCCAAUUCCCCCUUUAAAAUCUGAAU